CGCUGUUAAAAUCGCUGCCCAUCACAAAGAUUUAGAUUUCCACAGAAAUCUAAAUUUGUCAAGGCAUUGAUAAAUACAAGUCUGAUAUGCCAAACCAAGACACUCUGAAGGUUGCCAGCUGCUGACUGAAGAACAAAAGUCAUACAGACUUGCUGACGAUGAAGACUCAGACCACGUUUUUGUUGGUGGCGGUAGCUGUAGUUUGCCUAGCUGCUCAUGGAUUGUGUGCAACCGGUCAAAAAAUCACAAGAUGCAGAUGUGUGAAAACUACAUCUCAUCUCAUUCAUCCCAAAAAGUUUCAACAUAUCGAGAUCUUUCCUCAGGGUCCCCACUGCAGAAAGGUGGAGAUUGUAAUUACCCUGAAGACAGGUGCAAAGGUCUGUGUGAAUCCUGAAACCGAAUGGGUCAAAAAAGUUAUUAAUAUCUUGACUGAAAGAAAGAAAAGCAAUGAAGCGUCUCUGCCAACCACUGCAGCAAGUCCAUUGGCCGAAUGAAACAAAGUGUCCCUUGCAAAAAGCAGAGUAAUGAGCCAAACAAUUGUCAUUAAAGCACAUCGUAAUAGUCCUGUCCAUAGCUGAAAUGUUCUGUUUGUCUAUUGACUACAUACAUAGAAAUGUAUGAAAUCCUCACAAAUCUUUGUCAUUUGUUCAUUGUCUUUAUCUCCUCUAUGUAGCACCUGAGCCAUAAAUAUUAAUAUACCAAUAUAUGUUUGUCAAUAAUUUACAAUGAUACAAGUGUAGAAAUGCAAUGGAAUUUUAUUUUUUAUUGUUGAUAAAUAUCAAACAAUUAUUUCUUCAAUAGAGUUAAAUCGAUGGAAUGUUUGAAGAUGCAUGUUUUAAGCUAUUAAAUUUGAACAGUAACCAGUGUUUGACUACUAGAUGUUAAGGUUUAUAAUGUAAUUGGAUACAAUGAUAACAUGAAUUCAAUGCAUUGGGCUAGAACAUGACGGGCUUCUUAAAAACAGUGAGUUAAAGUGUCUCCGUUUAUGGGAGGGGCAAAUGUGUUUACUUUCUGUUGGGGCACCUCAAAUAUCUCCAUCCUGAUGCACCAUCAAUAACUCACUCUGAGACGUGAAGGCAAGAUAUUGGCUUUUAUUGACUGGAAGAAGGAACAAACAGUGAGUGACCACCAUACUACAUCCUGGAGACUGAGAGGCCGGGCUCAGGCCUUGAUCGCCUUUAUCCAGGGGUCUGUGGGAGGAGCCACAGGAGCAGUCAGCAGAGGGCGUGUCCAGACAGGUAUACGUAGUUCACCACACAUCCCUCCCCCUCAGCCCCAACUACCAGAAGCCAUACAACAGAAAGAGCAUUGUGUCACUGCUGGAGGAAGCCAGAAGGGAUGUAUUUUGUUGCUGUGUGGGGUAGUCUGAUUUGAAAAGGUGAUGAUGAUCAGUUGGACAUGAGGUGAGUGGGUAUAGCUUCAGGAACACAUAAAGAGCAGCUAACUUCUCUGAAAACAAAAGCAGAAGCAUUUUGGAGGGAAAUGGAGACAAGGAAAAACACUUAACUUGGGGCCUACCCAGAAGGGAAAAUGCACAGUCCCUCUUUUAGGCUCAACCUGUACUAGCAUGCAAAACCCACAUCAUCUUUCACAAACAUGAAUUGAUCAUCAAUGAUCAGGUUUAUUAUUAAAAUCGCCUGAAUCGUAAAUUUCUAGCCCAUUCUUCCAUGUCCUGAAUGGAAGGUAGCACCUGAUAAAUUGUUACACUAUUAGAAACCAUAUGACAAAUUAUUUUGUAACCAGAUUUUAUAGUUUAAAUAGUUGAAGGUGCAUUUAUUAAUUAGACUGUGUUAAUGUACAAUUGCAGUAACUGCUCUUUUUUUUUCAAUAUUUCAUUCAACUUUUGUAUGUAUCAUUACAAGUCCUUACACAUAUACCUGGGUUAUGUUACCACUAUGAAUGUAGAAUGUGAGUGUAUGUGUAUCUUCAAAACCAGUGUAACAGUUGAUAUAAAUGUUGAUGCUUUGACAAACCAUGCACUGUUCUUAG